UCAGUCAUCAGCAAACCACUCGGGUGGCGACACGGCCGCCCGGCCCUCAACCUGCCGGGUGACCACCACCUGCUGCCUCUUGGCCCACGCAUCAAUGUCACGCCACACGUGAUAACCAUCUGCACACCGCACACACACACCAUCACCAUCACAAGCCCAUGUGUUCACUUGUGUGUGGCCUACACUCCAGGAAAAGCUCUUCAGGAAUUGUCCAUCUCCACCACUCGGGCACCCCAUGCUGCUGCCGCAGAGACACCACUUCAUCGCUCAUCACCACCCCACUCUGCUGGCCGGCCCCUCCCCCAGCAGCCAUGCUCUCCCGCGGGCUGACAGCUAUGGCCUUCCAGUUGUCCAAUCCCAACUUGGCCCCCGUCACCUUGAACAGCUCCAUGCCGGCUUGUGGGGUGGGCGGCUCGUGCUGUGAUGAUGACCGAGGUGAGGCGGACGACGAGCCUGCGGCCGACGAGGCCGCGGCGCCGUUGACAAUGGAUCCUCUGCGGGGGUGGGUGGGCUCUGGGAAGGCGCAGAUGUCUUCGAGAAUGGGCUGGUCCCACUGCAGAAAUGCAAACAGGCCAGGCCAGUGUGUGUCGGUGUCUCUUGGUCGCUCUGUCUGUCUGUCUGUCUGUCUCACUACUGACGGAUUUCCCGUCCGUCCAGUCAAAGUCUUCUUUAAGAUUCCUACAGGCAGAGAAUGCGGCGCGCACGUUUCUGUGUGUGGUGUCCGUUGUCUGGUGCGUAACUGACAGUAUUUCCUUGAACGUGUCUUCGGCCUGGUUGUGCGUUGUGAAGCCUGAGGCGUCCAGCACCUGACGGUAGGUCAGACCACCGAUCCACUGCCUGCGCACAACACACACACACACACACAGAGAUACAGACACAGAGGCGCAUUGCAGGCAGGCAGGCAGCAUUAGUUCACUGCCAUCGAUGGCCGACCGAGAGGGCCGCACGAGGCCUCCCACGCGCAGGUUGUGGAGAAAGGUAUCCACCUGAGUGUGUGAGAAGAGGAAACACCAUGUUUGUCUGAUCCGCAUCGGUCCCCAGGGGGUGGGGUGCUCGAUGUGUGUCUGACUCACUCUGAUGAGAGUGUUAUUCUCCAGCGGCCGGAGGGCAUACGUCACUGCAUAAUGGCACCCACAUUUCAGUCAAUCGUCACUCACGUCAGUGGUAUCUGUCUGCUGUGGGUGUAAGUCAGUCUACCAGCUCUGGCGAGUAGGGCCCUUCGGCUGUCACCCGUCAGUCGGUCCGACAUCUGGUUCACCACCGGACCAACUGCAUCAACGCGCACACGGGAUGGACACAGGGAAAUGUCUCUUGGUGGCGCGUCCGUCUUGUUGUGUGUUGUGUGGUGGAUUGGAUUGUGCGCUGACCGACGCUGUGUACAGAGACCCCGAGGCCACGGAGCAGCAGUAUCUCCACCUGAGUGACGACAGCCUUACCUACAAGGCCUGCCUCUCGUGUCUGUCUGUCUGUCUGUGUCAUUACUUACGGCCAGCUUAGGAAGAGUGCUAUCGGCGUUGAGGAGAGCGUCUCUGGAGGGAGAGAGGGGGAGAGUCACGUGUAUAGAGGUGGCCUGCCGUUGUGGGCGGUGUGGUUGUGUACCUGAAGUGGUUAGCGGGCAUCCUCUGCUCAUUGCCGAACUGCAAUGCCGCUUCCUUAACAUACCUGCACCACCAACCCAUCACGUGCACACCAGGGAAUAGCAGCACGUGUGCGGCGCGCAGUGCUCGAUUCGUUUCGCCGUUGACCUGACGCAUCUCUGGUAGGCCUCCAAGCACUCCAUUAUAUACUGGACCUUCAUCUCCUCUAUCAAACCUCCCUCACUGAACAACCAAUCGACACACACACACACACACCACACAGACAUUAUGCUCUUGUGCGAUUCCAUCCAUCCUUCCGGCUCACUUGACUCACAUCGGUUCAAAGAGGUCCGUCAGCCGGAGCAUGACGUCGUCGUCACUCUUGCGCUUCUCCUGCCUCCCCUCCAGACACCUGUGCACAAUGCUCUUCAGGCGGUUCAUCCGGGUCCGCUCUUUGACAGGGAAAAAGCUCAGCAGCAGCCCCGUCAGCACCCCAAACGACACACCCAGGUCCUUGUUCACCUCCACCCCCCCGUGGACCAUCGUCCCCCGCCUCACCCCCUCCACCAGACUGUUGUCCUUCUCCACCUCUAGCCCCCGCCGCAGCACCGCCACCGCCCUCUCCUCAGGCGGUGUGGACACCGCCAUCGACGGCCGUCGUUUCCCAACACUUGAGGGCGGCGGCGCCAUCAUAAUGGAGGUGCGCUUCACCUGACCGACACCCGCACCAGCAAACAUGGUGGAGCCUCGCCGGCCCUUCCCAGCUGCAGCUGGCACAGACAUGGUGCUCUCGGCCUUCUCGGAGGGCACCGGGCUGAGCAGCGGGCCGAUGGUCGCGGCGGUUGCUCGUUGCUGUGCGCGGACGCCUUUGGGUGGGUCUGUGGCUGAGGCUUGUGAGAUUUGUAUCAUGGGCGAGGCGACGUGGAGUGGGGCGGGGUCGGGGGGCAGAGGGGCGAAGAGGUGCUCGGCGGUGCGGACCAGCAGCCGUGUGAAGGUGCGGACCAUUAUCAGCGCCUGAUGGCACCAGUCCUCGUGAAUGUCACUGCACACCAGAAGAGCAGAAUGUCAGUCACAUGGGUGUGGUGUGGUGGGCCAUGCCAUGUGUGUGAGCUGUGGUUGUUGUGGGUGGAUGUGAUGUACCCACCCUUUGAGCGCUUUGAAGAGGAGGAUGCUGUCGGGUGUCCCUGCACGUGCACAGCUCUCAAACAGGCCGAAACAGUAGCUGAUCUGAGCAUCCCGAUGCCUGCAUCAAACACAUACACAGAGAGAGAGAGAGAGAGAUACAGAGACACCCCCCCUCACUCUCCUCUCUCACUUACUCAUGUUUAGAAGCGGCGAAGGCCAGGAGUAUCUGCCCUAGCUCGUUGCUCCCGCCACCGAUCUCCCUCCCCAGCACACCACUGCCACCAGUGAGGUCUUCCCGGGCUGCAGAGGGCAGCGCCUUUGGUCCCUCAGCAUCACCACCAGCAGCAGCAGUGGUAGCCUCGGCUGGCUGAUCGCCUUGAUCGGCUGCUGGUGCUGGUACUGGUGUCGUAGAGAAGAAGUGCGGGUGUGUCUGGGGGAACUGCCACACAGAAAGAGGGAGAGGAGACAGGCAUAGUGGCCACCUGGUAUGUCUGUAUGGAUGUGUGGAAGCAAACAAACGGCGAGGGAGGCACCUUGUGAGCGAACAUCCAGAACUCGCCGAGCACGGGAAGCAGCUCCUGUGGGGUGAGCACCUGAGGCGCCUGAUCAACCAACACAGACGCAUGAGGACCUUCCCCUCUUCAGUCCCUCCCGCCUCCCAGUAUCCAUGCACUCACUUGUAUGAGCUGGCUCCCGAAUAAGCGCAGGAAUGAGGGGAUCUGAGGGGAGGACCCCCAGGCCACUAACUUCCUGCUGUCACUCGGCAGAGUGAGUGUGGCAUGGUCCUGAAGACACAGACAGACAGACAGACAGAGACAGAGGGACAGACAGAGGGACAGCAGGCAGCGUUUCAUUUGCAUGAUGGUUGGUUGUGUGUGAAGUAUUCUUGGGGGGCUGCUUGCUCACGGGAGUGCCUUCGAAAGUCUUGCUGAGCUGCACAAUGAGCUCAUCGCGGUUCCACUCAGGCGUGAGAUCGAGGCUCGCCCUGCACCAGACACAUUGCCAACAGCACAACACUCCCACCUACCACGUGUCUCCCUCCCUCCCUCACCCUACCUGAGCUGCUUCCUGAGGCUGCGCGCUGUAGCCUGCUGGUGCUCAGCCUGCCACGCCAAGUCACCCACGGCCUGUGUCACGCCCUCCACCAGUGCCUCAGCGUCCAUCGGCGACACCUUCUGCGGCACCGUUCGGCCACCGCUGCCCCCCUCCUCACCAGCGUCGUACAUGUCGGUCAGCGGGAGGUACCUCGACUCGUCGAAGUGGGGGAGGGCGGAGGCGAUCUGGAGGGCGGCCAUGGAGACCAACGUGCCCUCGUUGUCGGUGAAGGUUGACGCUGGUGGAUAAACAGAGGGAGACAUGGUUGAUGUGCAUGCCUAAGUGAGACAUUCUGAGUGAGUGGGUGGGUUGCUGACCGUUCAUGGUGCCUUUGGACAUAAACUUUGAGGUCAUCUUGGCGAAGUGGCCGGUGGGCUGCCGCCGGGUCGACGUGAUGGACGUGGGCCCCCUGCGACAAUACACACAUGCAAAUUUGCAUAUGCAUCACUCAUGAACAAAGGCAAAGGAAGAUAAGACGCUGCAGUGCCCUACUGAUGUUUCGGUUCAGCAGUGUCCUUAAACUUGAUGCGCGGCGACGGGCUUGCGGUAGCCUGACGCUAAAGGGGGACACAGAGAGGAGUUGUCCAUAGCGUUGAGACAUCACAUCGACGUGUGUGUGUGUGCGUGUAUGUCGCUGACAUCGGUUAGGUUGGCUUGUGAGGCCGCGAGCGCUGUCUGGAGGCCGAAACACUCUUUCUGCAGGCCCUCCAGCUGCUUCUUCAUCCGCCACUUCUCCUGCUCAGCUUUGCGCCCACACAGCAUACAGACGGACAUACACAAUCCUCAGUAGACGAUCUUUCUCUCCCGCUCCCACACACACACACGUGUACCCUCUCUCAGACUCGCCUCAGUGGCCAAGUACUGAUAGUUGAGUGCUCUAAAGUCCUCCUCGUUCAUCUCAAUCACAGCCUUGUACCGCCCUAUGUCGGCAACCAGACGCUGCUUCUCGUCCGUGAGGCUUCGGAGGAUGGACUGCGUCGACAGAGCGGUUGAGUCGUGGAUGGAGGCGGACAUUCUCCUCUCGAGAGUGUCGCUUCUCUGUCGCUCGUCAUGCAGCUGCUUCUGGGCCGUCUCGACUCGCUGGGUGAGCUCUUCUGUGGUGCUGAGAGUGACAGGAAUACAUUUUGCUGUGUGUGGGCGAGUGGUGCAUCAGUUUGUGCGUCAGUCAUUACAUGCCUUUUCAGCCGCUGCAGCUCCUGUCUCAGCCCGUUGACCUCCACGAAAUAGGGAAUCAGCCGCGUCACGUCACUCCCAGGCUACCACAUGCCACACCACACACACGGACACGCAGAUCGAAUCGACCAACAGACAUUCUCCACCCAUUAAUCGCAGGUAUUUUACCUCAAAUCCGUCAAAGACAGCCCCGAGCAGGUCCCGCAGCACGCCCCGCCAGACCCCCUGCAGCGGGUGGCUCUCCCUCCCCUCACUCUGCAGCAAGUGGCGGAUGACGUAGCAGGACCGCAGCACCCGGCUCAUGUCUGGGGGCAGGUACGUGGAGGGUGGGUGGGGUGUCUCCUUGUCGUCUGCAAGUGCGGGAGGGGUGGGGGAGGGGGCGGGGGAGAUGAAUGGCGACACCUGAAUGAAUGAGAGGCCAGCCAGAGAUACAAGCAAGAUGUGUCUGUCGAUCAUAUGAGGCGACACAGCUGUUGCCUGCAAGUGACUUACGGCUGACGACUCCGCGCUUGGCUGCGGUCCCAUUGCAGCCGAUGAGGACACCGGACCGAGACCACCGGCUGCCGUUGUUGUCGCGGCAGACGGCACACCACGGUCAUACCCGCCUGACACACGAGAGACAGCAGAAAACGACGCGUGGACUUGACUUCUCCAUCAUCGGCCAUCCUCUCUCCCACCUGCUUCCGCCUCGUGAGUCUGCUCCAUGCCCAGAAUCUUCCGGAGGGUGUCGAGAGACAUAUCGAACUCUGCCGUAGGGAAGGGAUACCCCUCAUCGGCGGCCCCCGGCGGCGCUGUGGCCGGUUUGGCUUCAGAGUCCGGCCGAAUCAUGGCGUCCUCGGCCUGGUGAACCAGCACCUCCACCCAGCCAGAACGAAACGCUCUUUGUGGCCUUUGCGGGGCUGCUCGAGCAGGAAGUGGUGGGGGAGGGGCAGGGGGGCGGGUGACGCUUCGUUGAGGCGACGAAAGUGUGGAGGCCGAUGGCUCAGGGUCGCUGAGCGAUGGCUGGGGCGUCUUUCGCGUCAAGACAUCCAGCCGCGUCUGCUUCCGCGCCCGCCGCUCAUCCCUCGGAGAGAGCUGCACCGAGGGGAAGAACGACGGCACAUGGGAGUAGUGCCGCGGAUUCACCCCCACAUCCGGCCCUCCCCUCUUGGGAGCGUGGAUCAGCGGUGGGGCAGCAUGCUUCCUCCUGACCUUCCAUCCAGGUCGGCCUCGUCUCUGCUCCUCCUGCCCGUCACUGUCGCUUUGUGGGAACAGCUGGUGGACAACUGGCGAGAAGUCCUCGAGGAACGGGGCUGCCUGGGCGGGUGACGGGGGAGGCCGUGGAGGUGACUCCAGCGGGACGCUGUCGACGGACGCGUGCCACUGGGUGUCGGUGGCCGGGGAGGGAGCUCGCUUGCGGCGUGAUGCCGGCGCCUGCAGCCACGCAGAGAGGCAGACAGACAAGGGGAUGGGAUGGCCAGCGCCCUCCUGUGUGGCACUGCUUCUGUGCAGUGUCCUGUUGGCUCACGUGUUCUCGCCUUCGUCGCUCGGGUAUCUUCUCUCGCUUUUGCCAUCCUCCCGGCAGACCGACGUCGAUCCCAGCUAUCGUUGCCAUUGCGCCUUGGGAGAAGGGAAAAAAAUCGG